GGUUAAUCCGUUUGUUGCUCACUUCUAAUUAUUAACAGGAUACGAGAAAGCGGUUCAGAAAUCAGCUUAUCGGUCUGCAACCAUGUGAUUUGGUUACUUGGUAAAGCUAAGAAAUGGUGGGCCGCUCUCGAAAUAUACGAAGAUUUGCUCGAUAAAGGGCCGAAACCGAACAACAUGUCGUAUGAACUCAUCGUCUCUCAUUUCAAUUUCUUACUAACUGCCGCUAGAAAGAAGGGGAUUUGGAAAUGGGGAAUUCGAUUACUCGACAAAAUGCAAGAAAAAGGGUUAAAACCGGGAAGCAAAGAAUGGAAUUCGGUCCUGAUCGCAUGCUCGAAAGCUUCCGAGCCGUCAGCCGCGAUUCAAAUCUUCACUCGAAUGAUCGAAAACGGUGAAAAACCAACGAUCAUAUCAUACGGGGCGCUUUUAAGCGUUCUGGAGAAGGGGAAACUGUACGAUGAAGCACUUCGGGUUUGGAAGCAUAUGAUCAAAAUGGGCGUGGAACCGAAUUCGUACGCGUAUACGAUCAUGGCGUCGGUUUACGCAGCACAAGGGAAGUUUAACAUAGUCGAAUCGAUCAUCCGUGAAAUGGCAGUGUCAGGAGUUGAGCUAACCGUAGUCACUUUCAAUGCGAUCAUAACCGCAUGUGCUCGAAACAACGCAAGUGGUCCCGCUUAUGAAUGGUUUCAACGAAUGGAGGUUGAGAAGAUCGAGCCUAAUGAGGUUUCGUACGAGAUGUUGAUCGAAGCACUUGCGAACGAUGGGAAACCAAAGUUGGCUUAUGAUAUGUUUUUGAAGGCUCAGGGUAAGGGGCUGAGCUUGUCGGCGAAAGCUUAUGAUACUGUCGUCCAGGCGGCAGUCAACGGUGGUGCGACGGUUGAUUUGAGUUUGUUAGGCCCUCCGCCGCCAGCACCGGUAGCGGAGAGUACGAAGAGGGUAAGGACACUAUUUGAUAUAAAUCAAGAGGAUAUGGGCAUUGUAAAUGACUAGUGUAUCAAUUAAAUAAUUUAUGUUUGUUAUUUUU